CUUUUUUUUGCACUUUUUUUUGCACUUUUUUUGGUCCUCAUCAACGUCUUCUAUUAACUACUACCUAUACAUAGCUUUAUGAGUAACACUUACUAUUCAUUAAUACACAGCAGAUCUAUCUUAUUUUUACAGAGAGAAGAGAACUUAUCAACCACCCAUGAUGGCGGAAUCGAUGAAUGCAACUUCUCAACAUCGCAAAUCUCAGAUAGGACCAGCCACAAACAGAUGGCUCCAUUCUACACGCAAAGGAUUCGAUUUGACCAGAUCCUCCCGCGGACCAAAGAUCACUAUCGAGACAACGUCGACGCCCAUCACGAUCAGCCCCUCGCUCUCCGCCCUGGUCAUCAUCGACAUGCAAAACUUCUUUCUCAGUCCCGCCUUCGGUCGUUCCAAGGAGAGCGCAGGCCAUAGUGCUCUUAAGCAGCUCGUAGAUCACGCCGUGCCCGCGGCGCGGAAGGCCGGUAUUCGUAUCAUCUGGGUGAACUGGGGUCUCACGGAAGAGGAGGUAAAGACUAUGCCGCCAGCAGUGACCCGUGCAUUUGGUUUCGAGGCCGUAGAUGAGGAUAGUAGUUUUGGCGACGGGUGGACAGAAUCUGAGAAUGGCGUUGGUGUCGAUAAAUUUGGAGAGGUACGGUCCGAAGCCAAACAUGGGAAAGCAAGGAAGGCCUCCAGGGGCCUUGGAUCGCAAUGCGGCGAAGUCACUCUUGAGAAUGGCGAAAAGGUCGACGGGGGCCGUCUUUUGAUGCGUGAUACUUGGAACGCGGCGCUAUACCCUCCACUCGAUACGGUGUAUGAAGAAGGCUCCAAAUUAAACAGAACGCCAGAUGUUUGGAUACACAAGAAUCGUAUGUCUGGUAUAUGGGGGGGGAGGACCGACCUGGAAGAUUUUCUCGAAGCUGAGGGUAUUCGAACUUUGUUCUUCACCGGCGUCAAUACCGAUCAGUGUGUAGGUGGGACCUUGAUGGAUGCAUUCAGCAAAGGAUAUGAUUGCGUCUUACUCGCUGAUGGAUGUGGUACUUCGAGUCCGGAGUUUGCACAGCAGGCUUUUCAGUUCAAUGCCGCAAGAACUUUUGGGUUCUGUACGACUUGUGGAGAUUUCGCAAAGGGAGCUGAUGCAAUGGAAUAACGAUUGGGAACCGAAG